UUAUAUAUAUGCUUUCAGCAAUUUCCUUUAAAAAGCCAACCUGUGAAGUGUGACUUCCAACCGCCUGCGACAUUUUCCCUUUAUAUUCAUUUGCCCCUCGCUUUUUCUCUCACUCAAGCAACCAUCUUUUGCCUUUACAACUAUCCAUCUCCUCUUUCUUUCACACAAAUUCUUGAGGAAAAUGAAGCAUAGGAGAAAUCUAUUCUGUUUUCUCUUGUGCUUAUUUUAUGUCAUGUCAGAAACUGGCACAGUCUCAGCGACACGCCCGUUGAACUCAAAUGUUGAAAUCAGCCCAACGUUAGCGAUAUUACUUGCUUGUCUUGUCUUAUUCUUGAUGGCAGUUAUCUUCAUAUAUAUACGUCGUAUAAGCCCUGAUUCCUUUGACGAAUCAAUGGGGUUUUACUUCUUCCGGCACCGACCAGUUUCCCGUGGGCUUGAGCCUAAUAUCAUCGAAACUUUGCCGGUAUUUGUAUACUCCGAUGUCAAAGCCCUAAAUAUAGGCAAAUCUAUCCUAGAAUGUGCUGUUUGCCUAAACGAGUUCGAAGAUGAAGAUACUCUCCGCUUUCUUCCUAAUUGUUGCCACGUGUUCCAUCCCGAGUGUAUUGAUGCUUGGCUUGCCUUUCGUACCACUUGCCCAGUUUGCCGUGCAAAUCUCAAAACAAAACCUGCUGGUAAACUGCAAGAAUCAAUUCAAGAAACAGAUGACGUUGAGUCUCAGAAUGUCAGCUCAGUUGUAUCACAUCCAGCACCAGAAGAAGUAAUAAACCAGUCUUCUCAAACGUCGCCCGUUCACAGUCAUACGCAAAAUACGGCGAGAAGUAAGACACCCGAUUUUCGGCACCUUGCACCAAAAUCAACACCAAGAAGGCCAAAGAUUUUUGGGAUGUUUAGUCGAUCUUACUCCACAGGUCACUCGUUGAUUCAACCUGGUGAAAAUUGCGAGAGGUUUACUCUAAGGUUACCUGAUGAUGUACGUAAAAGAUUGGUCUACAAUGGCGCCGUAGCCUUUUCUCCAGCGAGAAAUUCAACUAAGGGGUACCGGUUCGAAACGGAGGAGGGCCGGUUAAGCUUGAGUAGGGCCUCCAAUGGCGCCGUAGCCUUUUCUCCAGCGAGAAAUUCAACUAAGGGGUACCGGUUCGAAACGGAGGAGGGCCGGUUAAGCUUGAGUAGGGCCUCCAAUGGCGCCGUAGCCUUUUCUCCAGCGAGAAAUUCAACUAAGGGGUACCGGUUCGAAACGGAGGAGGGCCGGUUAAGCUUGAGUAGGGCCUCCAAUGGGGCCGUAGCCUUUUCUCCAGCGAGAAGUUCAACUAAAGGGUACCGGUUCGAACCGGCGGAUGGUCGGUUAAGCAAUCUCCGGUUACCGACUCCGCCUAUGUUCUCUAGAUCCGGUUCGUCAAAGGAUGAGAAACAACCGAAGAAUCUGCUGAAGUCCGUUAAGUCAGUUAAGUCGCCGUUAAAUUUGUUUUGUGGGACGGAAAAGGAUGAUACAGGAGAAAGAUCUUUUACUUAUUUAAGAUCAAGUAGUACUUCAAGUUAGAUAAUUUUCCAUUUCUUUUUAUUUGGAUCUCACAUGGACGAGCUUGGCCGCAGUGCAACAAGGCAAGGCCUCAUCAUGAAUCCGUUUACUUUUUCCUCUUUUUUUUUUUUUUUUUCUUUUGACACAAUUAAUUAUGUUGUAUAUAGUUAUUGGAUAGUGGAGGCUUCAUAAUCAAUGAAUUGGUUUCUUUCUAAAAUUAUGAGAUUUUCUGUCGGUUGCUUUA